UCGUCAUGGAUAAUAUUCACAGGUAGCAUCAGUGGCAGCAUUCACAACCAUACUCACAAUCCUGUUAUGCUUUUGGCCUCAUCACUCCAAUAGUCUAUAUAGGCCAUUUUAAACAAAUAUGGCGUCGGAAAAUGUAGAGAAAUGUGAGACAAGCAAAACAAAUAAAUCUAUGAACUCCUUUGUAAACGACGGUAGCUUUUUCGAAAUUUACAAGCAAAGAUUAAAAGAGCAAAAAAAUGUCGCGGAUAAAAAAACAGAAAAUACAGCUGAAACCGAAGCAGAGAAAAGAAAAACUGCAAACUUAUUGUUACAGGGAAAGAGAAAAAUUCCUGUAGGAAGAAUGCCAGGAUCAUCAAAAAAAUUGGAUGCUAAAAAGAAAAAGUUGGAAAAGAAGAAGGAGGAAAACCCGGACGAGAAAUCUAGCGCUUGGAAAGCAUAUAUGGAAGAAGUUAAGAAAUAUAAAGAAAUGUCUUGUACAGAUGACACGGAACAGAAUCGGCCUCUAGUGAAGUAGUGCAAUGUCUGCAACUGUGCAAGAAAAAAAUUAUAAUUAACUUCAGCAGUUCAGGGGUCGGUUGUAGCAGGCUGGAUAGCGCUAUCCACUGGAUAGUGAUUUUUUCAACCUUUCUAAAAAUGUUACAAUAAAUUUGAGCUUUGUAAGCAAUCUAUUUAGGAAUACUAAUGUAAGCCAACAAAGGGCGAUUUUAGAGCGAUAGAAAAAUCCACUCUCCGGUGGAUAGCGCUAUCCGGCUUUCAUACAACUGGCCCCUGAUGUGGUAUUUACAUGCAGUGUAUUUAUAUAUUAUAUAGUCAGAGAAUUCGGACGUAAAUUAUGUGUAAUAUUGUUUACAUUUUAGAUUUUGUGCCCCUGUAAGACGAAAAUAUUACAUUUAUUGAUAGAGCUUGGAAAAUUCUAAAAUAGAUCGAAUUACCAUGCACAAUCCACAAAACUUUGUCUUAGGUCAUGUUGAUAGUGUCAGUGGGUGCAAGCGGUCUAAAUUUAUUUACCACUAUUAUAUAUCUUCGUGCAUCGUAAUAAGCGUUUAGAUCAGUCCGGAUAGUAAAGUAUUUCUGCUUUGUCUUGAAAACGUCCUUCGGCCAGUAGCCUAGCCUGGCCCAGGAUGGCAAGUAGUGGUCAAACAGGUCUGUAUAAAUUAGGCCAGUCAGAUUUCAGGAAAGGCUAGGAUUCCGCCCCAAGAUGAUUGGUAAAAAAUAUAUGAAAAUGUAUAGUUUGCUAUAAACCUAUAACGGUGUAUG